CCUAUGGAUAUGGAUUCUUCACUUUUUGCAUCUUACAUCCACUGUAUACACAUCUCACCACCUCUUUGAAACGCUCGCCUCGGCUGUUGCCGAGUGUAUACGUCUGCAAUUCUCUAUCAAUCUAAUCUUUUGCCCAAAAGAUAAUCGUUCACUUAUCUACCGUUCCCGCCGUGCGCAUUGUACAAAAUAACCAACAAGUCAGACACGAGCACUUGAUUGCUGCUUGAGACCCUACCGACCCGCCGUCGUUUGAUAUACCUUGAUCGAGAUACACAAACGAGCGAGGAGAAACCCAAGAACGCAGGCGAAACAAGAAGACAAACAACAGAAGCGUCCAAGAACUGCGUAUCGCUCCCCGAUUCCACACGACCAAGCGGGCCCCUCCAGUGGGAAUACUUGUAAUGUUUAUAUCCAAAAUCCUCCGCAUACCACGCCGGUGACUAUCCAACAUGCGACGAGACGUCGAGACACGACCAGUCCGUCCCGGGGCGCCGCCCUCAUGGGGCUCCAUUCCGAACAAAUUCCAAAUCUUUCUCCUGUUUACCGUGCGCUUCGUCGACUUCUUCCAACAAGCUGCUCUGCAGGCGUACAUGUUUUAUCAGUUGAAAUCGUUCCGCCCCGACGCCGACGACAGCCAAAUAUCAUUCGAGGCAGGUGUGUUGCAAGGCAUCUUCACGGCCGCACAAGUCUUCACAGGCAUACUCUGGGGACGAGUCGCAGAUUCACCACGCUUCGGUCGCAAAACAGUCUUGCUCAUCGGCCUGACGGGCCAGGGCAUAAGUUGUAUCGGCGUGGCCUUCUCGCGGAGUUUCACUGUGGCCGCGAUAUGGCGAUGCUUGGGUGGUGCGGUCAACGCGACUGUCGGCGGCGCGAGGACGUCCCUUGCCGAGAGCACCGAGAAGAAAUACCACAGUCGCACAUUCUUGAUCUUGCCGCUGGCAUGGAACGUGGCCAACAUCUUUGGUCCGCUGGUCGGCGGGUUGCUCGCGGACCCGGUCACGAAUUACCCUGGCUUAUUCGGCGCGGAAUCUACAUUCGGUGGUAACACGGGAGUGCAAUGGCUGCAACGCUUCCCUUAUGCCCUGCCGAACAUGUUCUGCGCGCUUGUCAUGUUCGCGGAUGCAGUCCUGAUAUGGACGUCUUUGCGAGAGACGUUGGCGAGCAGGAAAUUCUCGCGAGACCGUGGGAUCGAGAUCGCGGAGAUCAUCCGGUACAAGAUCGAUCGGCUUGUCUUUCGUAAAUUCGGGUACAGUCUGGUCAGCGACGUCGGACCAGAUACCGUCGAGGAUGACGAGAAUCAGCCAUCUAGCACACAGCUCUCGUCACUGUCAAAGACGAAAGCGGAUGACAGAGAUGCAGAUGGAGAUCGACCCGAUGCGAAACAACAGCAGCAACAGCAACAGGCUGCCGUUGCGGCAGCCGCACCACCAUUCUACCACGCCCUCACACCCAAUGUGCUUAUGGUCCUUGCGACCGUGGCGGCAAUGGAUUUCCAAAUGGGCGGGUUUGCGCAACUGUGGACAGUCUUUCUGUCGUCUGCCCGGCGCACCGACGCUGAGCGUUCGACGAUCGCUCUACCGUUUUACUUUACUGGCGGUCUGCAGUUCUCGCUGCCGACGAUUGGUCUCGCGAUGUCGAUUCUAGGAUUCGUCGGCAUCAUAUUGCAACUCACGCUUUAUCCGAACAUCAACGCGCGGUACGGCCUGUUGCGCAGCUUCCGCGUGUCAUUACUUGUCUUCCCGCUGGCCUACGCACUUGCACCGUAUCUGAGUCUAUUGAUCAAUCACACUUUUAUGCUAUGGUGUGGUAUUGUCGUGGUUGUAAUCUUGCAAGUUGCGGCGCGGACGUUUGCUAUCCCGGGUUCGGUUUUGUUGAUCAACAACUCGAGUCCGGGACCGCAAUUGUUGGGGACGAUUCAUGGGAUGGGCGCAGCGACGAGCAGUGCCUUCCGGACGAUUGGGCCGAUUGUGGCGGGACAUUGGUAUGGGCAGGGGCUGGAGAAGGGGAUUGUGGGUUGGGCUUGGUGGUGGUUGGCGCUGGUGAGUUUGGUGGGUGUCUUGCCUAGUUUGUGGGCGAAGGAUGGGAAGUAGAGUUUAUUGUCUGCAAUCUGCGUUGCCUUUCUGCGAGGUGUUGGGGACUUGGGUGUGGACUUCAACUGCAUAUUUUCGAACUAUGAUCUGUAUAUAUCACUGGCAAAUCUACCCAGCUUGCGAUGUCGAGUCAUGAAACUGCUUGACUACAU